AUGCUGUCGAAGGCGUUAGCGUUACGUCGGCUGCCUUCCCCAGCGGCAUCACGAGCGUUCUCGACUGCGGCGACAGAGGGCGGCAUUUGGACGGCAGCAGAGGCGGGGGACGGACAGGCGCCUUUGCUGCAGGCCCAUGACCUCUCUUUCUACCAGCAGUUCGAUGUGCCUUCCCUCGGAAAGUAUCAUAAUUACUACCCAGAGAAUACACCGUCAUUCAAUCUGAUGGAAAGAUGCGUGGAUGAGGCCCAUGCUAGAGGAGCGGAGUUGGCGUCUUCAUAUGACCCUUACCUUCCUGUGGACCUCAUGCAGUCGCUCAUCAUUACUAUCCAUGACUACAUGCCGGGACAUAGCUGGAUGGCAUCAAUAGCAGUAGCGGCCACUGUGGUUAGGAUCAUGGUAUUACCACUGUUGAUAUCGUCUAUGAGAGCUGGUCGGAUCAAGCAAAGGAUCAUGCCUCAGCUGGAUGCGUUGAGUGCUGAGAUGAAGGAAGCAGAAAAGAAGGGGAGUCAACAGCAACUCAUACGGGCCCAAACGAAAUACUCUCAGUUCAUAAAGGAGCACGGGUCAAUGGUGACGAUGAAGGGCAUGAUGGGCAUGUUCGUACAAAUACCAAUAUUCACUACUGCCUUCCUUUCCAUGCGUCAGAUGUCCAACCAUCCUCAUAUAUUCAAAGGGUUCCCGAUGGAGACGCCGUUAUGGUUGGACUCAUUGGCGCUCUCGGAUCCGAUAAUAGUCUUGCCAGUGUUGGCCUCGGCCUUGCUAUUGACUAAUAUAGAGUUCUUCGGAUCGCUGGAUUCAGCACAAGCAGCAGAAGCUGGGGACCGUCCUGAUACCAAGAACAAGCUUGGUAUUGACCAGAAGACUAUGCAGAAGUAUUCCCGCCAUGGUUUCCGAGCCCUUUGCGUCAUUGCUCUUCCCGCCACAAUGUACCUUCCUGCGGGCCUUUUUGUCUACACCUGCACGAAUGCCCUGUGGGCAAUCACCCAAAACCGUAUACUGCGGCUGCCCAUUGUAGAACAAGCUCUCAAUAUACCGCAUAAUAUAAAGAAAGAGGAGAAGAAGGAUGAGACUUAUUUCGACCCGGGCUCGAUCGUCACCGUGGAAGAGGCGCUGCGAAUAUCUAAAGAGAACAGUCAACGUGCUGAACAAAUUGCUCGAAUGAACUUAGAGCAGAAGCUUGCGCGGCGGCAGGCGCAGGCGGCCGUUGAAGUCUCUCUCCCACGAAUUGUGAGUAUGAAGAGAAAGCAAAAGGGAGAGUGA